AAAUGAUCAUUUUGAAUUUUAACUGUCGGAUGUGUCGCUUUUAUUCUGUUUUCUGUUGACUUGAGCCCUUAGUGCGCCAGUAUGUCUGUUAAAGUAAUAACCACGAAACAACCUUCUUAUUUGGAGGCUUUAUUACAAGAAAAUUGCAACCUUAAAUUAGUUUAUCACGACAAAAAAGCAGAAAGUGCUCAUGUAAUAGCCUCUGGGGAUGAAUCUAAUAUUCCUGACGUGAGUGAAUUGGAUUUAACAGGACACCCUUUACAAGUCGAUCUUGGAGGAGAUGAUGUAAUUGAAAAUGGAAUUUCCGAAAAACCGGCAAAUUGGUCAUCUCAGGAAGCUUCACAAUUUCCACUUACUUUUUCAGAGGGCAGAACAUUUAUAAAUAAACAACUAAGGCUUGGCUCACCGAAUGAGUCAAUCUAUUGCAUUUGUGAUGGAAGCGAUGAGGAAAAAACUGUUGGAUUAGGCGUUGUUGUUGCUCCACAUAAAAAUAUCAGAACUCUUGUUCGUAUCUUACCUUGUUGUGAAGAAAACAGUGAACAAACAAGUCUGGAGCAUUUGCAAAAUGAGUUCCUUAAAUUGUUAGGAGAUUAUAAUGCUGAUGUGAAGAUUUGUAUUAAAAAAACGUACAAUUUGUUCGGCUACAACUUGAAAAACUGUCACGCGCUUCAAAAUGCUGAAUGCAAUGGAAAUAUCACCCUUGAUGUCUUAACUGUUGAAAAGAGUAAAUUUUACAAAAGUAAUCAUGUUUCGAAAAUGAAUUUUCAAGUUAUAAUUGGGCACAACAAUUCUCGUAUCAGGCGUUUAUUUGAAGAAUUAUGUCUUGUACAGUCCUAUAUUGCUGUAAUUCAAAAUAACCAACAAUUGAACGCCAAUACUAUUAUCAAUUGUGAAGACGGGAUGGACUAUAGUGACAUUACUUCGAAAAUUGUUGAUUUGUUGCGUGUCCAAGAAAUAUACAGCGAACGGCCCAGUUUUAAUAAACUGGAUUUAGAAAAUUUGAGGGAAACCAGCAUUUUUGACAAAUUAUGGGACAUCUUGAAACAUUGCAAAAGUGUGGGUGAUUUACACGAUUGUUUCCAACUGUUUUUUGAAGAAUUGGAGGUUGUUGAAGCAAGGGUUGGAAUUUUAGAAGGAUGUAAUGAUUCCACGGUUGCUGAGCUUGUGAAAGGGAUUUUAGACGAUCGUGUUGUUGUCACUACUUUAAGUUUGCCUCAAUGCCUGGAAUUUCUCAUUGAUCUAGGUUUGGUGAAGCUUAAAAAUGACUACCUUGCCAUUAUCACCAGUUUUCCUCAAAUUGCCAGAGAUGGACUUUUGAAGAUGUGGAGCGAUUUUAAGGGCGAGGAUUGUGUGAACAUAAUCCCGAAACGCAAAUCUCGAGUUACCAUCAACAGCAAAAGUGUGAUUUCGGAUAUGACAAGUAGCAAACUUAAAUUAUUCUUCUUGGAUUCGUUGCAUAAAGUUAGCGAGUUGAUGCUUUUGUACAGGGAUAAUUUGCCGGUUUCUGACGAGAAUUUUGAUGCUUUUUGUCGAGCUGUGUGUGACAAAUUUAUAGAUAGGUUUGAAAGAGUGAUCGUUUGGAUCGAUUUGAAACAGUUGCGUCUUUGCCAGGUGUCAGGUGUUCCCUCAAUUGGAGAAAGGCAGUUUUUACAAAAUAAUUCGCCCAGUGCUUUUGCUGUGAAAAUGAAUUCUGUGGUGAACAGGGAAGAAAUUACGGCGGUUUAUCAUUUUUCUGAUUUUCUAAUUCUCCCACCUUGCGUUUAUGAUAAUUAUGAAGUCAGCUGCGAGAAAGAUAGUGGGAAAAUGCUGUACGUUACGCAACUCUUAAGUUAUAAUGAUUGUUGUUGAAUUUUUUUUAUUUUGAUUUUUGUUGUCUUUUGUAAUUCCUCUAUGCGCUAGUGCGAUAGAAAUGCGAAUUACACACAAAACUCUUUCUGUAAAAAUGUGUUUAUUGAAAUAAACGUAAAAGUUUGACUAAAAAUGCCACUUAGAUGAUUACAAUCACUGGAGUGUACUAAUUACAUUUUUCUAACAUUUGCAUCUUUUAAUAGAUUUGUGGAAUGGUAUUGAACCUACAGGGUGUAUAAAACGUGUUUAAGUCCUCAAAACUUGCAAAAACAAUGUCAUUUUUUACAUAAUUCUGUGAUUUAUUAGCUUACUUUUUAAGAAAUGUUUGCCUAAUAAUUGAGUUUUUGCUAAAUAAACACUAAGAAAAUGGUAAAUUUUUGGUCAUUUUCGACCGAAUUUGGUGAUUUUUUCGUCUUGUUUGACCCAUAUGUUUGUUAGAACUCUGUUAUCAUUAAGUGUAAGGAACAAAUGUUGUCACCAAACAACAUAUCUAAUAAACAUUUAAUUACUUA